AGCUGCGGCUGGUUUGCAGUCAGUAUCAGGCGGCAGUGAGCUGUCCUCCCUCCCAGCAGGUGGCGCUAAAAGGAACUUCGUGUUUGCCACCCGCCGUUUAACGUCAAAAGAAGAGAACAAUUCUCUUUCCGUUUCCAGAUCAAUUCAGUUGGCGGCUGAAAACCGCCAAAUCAAAACUGCUGCGGACUAACAGACAAACUGUGAUAGAAGGCAGCGCCGCUUAGCUUGAGCUGCUCCCCUUAAAUCUGGAGCUGGAGCGUUAACCAGUGGAGGACCGUGUCAGUAAAGACUCGCCAGUUUGUCCAACGAUAUGGAGGAACUCUUUAGCAAAGUGUUACACGUUACUGUGAAAUACAGGGACAGCGAGGAGAGGAAAGCAAACAUCCGUGUCACCAUUGAGCAAUCACUAAGUCCAGUACACAAAAAGGAUCUCUUAGUAAGACUAACAGAUAAUGUAGAUCCAUAUUUUCUCUUCAACCUCACUAUAUCAGAAGAAGAUUUCCAAAGCUUAAAAGCCCAGCAGGGGCUACUGAUUGACUUUGCAACAUUUCCUCAGAAGUUUAUUGAACUGCUAAACCUGUGCUAUUCUGAACAAGACGUAGACAGUCCAAGGUUUCUCCUGCACUUGUCAUGUCAGUCUCCAGUGCCUGAAGGCUCUGCCAACCUAACUAUAAUAGAAACAAAUGCAUUCAAGCAUCUAAACCACUUGUCUCUACGGCUUGCACAUGGCUCUGACAAAGAAGUUAAAGAAUAUCUGGCAGUGUGUCUUUCCUCUCUGAAGGCAGAAAAGCAGGCCCUGGACAUGAAGCUUAAGAAGACUGAAGAUGAUCUGUCCAGGCAGCUGAGUUAUGCUCAACAGACUCUGUGUGAGAAGACUAAAGAGUUGGACAAACUACGUUUAGAGUGGACACACCAGACCAGCUCUAUGUCCAACCGUCAUUCUCAGGAGUUACAUUUGGAAAGGGAGAAGGCUGUAGAGGUACAGAAUAGGCUUCAGCAGCAGACUGAGCAGCUCCGUCAGGAUCUGGAGAGUACUCAUACGAAAACGAGCCAGCAGCUUCAUGGCAGGCUAACAGAGCUGGAGGCCUCCUGCAGAGAGCUGACAGAGAAGAAAUACAAGAAUGAGUCUUCCAUUCGAGAUCUAAAGAUUAAACUUGUGGGAGCAGAGGAGGAAUGCCAGCGUUUGAAGCAGCAGGUCCUGUCUCUCAGGAGGGAGAACAGCACUCUAGACACAGAAGUCCAUGAAAAGGAGCGUUUGAUCAGCCAGCUGCAGAUGAGAGUAGCUGUUUUGGAACAGGAGAUCAAAGAUAAGGAUCAGCUGAUGAACAGCACAAAAGAGAUGCUGGAAGCCACCCUGCAGCAGAAGAAAUCAGUUGAAGAAAAUGCAGAAAGUAAGGAACUUAAGAACAAAAAACUUGAAGCAACUGUGAAAUCACUGUCUGAGGAGCUGAUAAAGGCUAAUGGUAUCAUUAAGAAGCUGCAGGGGGAGGUUCGAGGCCUUGUCGGAAAAAUAAAAGUCAAAAACACAGUGACCGUGUCACAGGAGAAGGUUCUUCAGGAUACAUCAGAAAAACUUCAGAAUGUUGAGAAGAAUCUAGAGAAUGCUCAGCAGCAGCUCAUUUCCAAGGAUGAAGAGGUUUCAAAACUGAAGGAGCAGUUGGAGAUGACAGUACAGAAGCUUAAUGAAAGCAGAGAAGUGUUAAAAACAAAUGAGAAUGUUAUAAGUUGGCUUAACAAGCAGCUAAAUGAAAAGCAGCUGUCCAGAAGGUCACGGUCUCCUGAAUCUUUGGUGAAUCCUUCAGUUUUAUCCACAACAACAGGCCUGAGGGCACAGUUUUAUCCUCAGAUAGGCAAUCCUGCUGUAUCACCUGUGGCAGCUGCUGACAUCACUCCUGCUGCUGAACAUCGAGCAGGACAUCCAACUAAAAGACAAAUUGGACACUCUGCAGGUCUGGACUCCAAGUACUUUGAGAGAAGAGAUGAUAGCAACCCAGUCUACGGUCUGUCGACUAAUCUGCUUCACAAAGAGUUCCCUCAGCAUGCAAAGCCUGCCACAGCUUCGGCUUAUUUUUCAGCAUAAAACAGAAGCUGCUGGAUUUGAUGAACAGCUACAAAGUAGUCUGUUUCAGCUAAAGGAAGAAAUAAAACCACCUGCAUUAUGUCUUCAGCUCCUCCACAAAAUUGUUACUGUUGUGCUGCGUUUUUUUUUUUUUUUUUGGGGGGGGGGGUUGUCGUAGCUAAUGUUGCCUUUGAAUCACUGUAGUAAUGGUGUAUAUAGAUAAUUUCUAAGUUGUGAUUCAUGAAUCCAAAAUUAUACUUUUUCCUUAUACAAUACAUUAUGUUUGCCAUCCUUAAGUAUUUAUAUUGUGUUUUUGUUUUAUGCAGAAUUUUAUUUAAAUGCAAGCCUUAAUAAACAAUGUCUCCAUCCUCA